AUGAUCCACGGCUCCAUAUCUACACACACGUACAUGUUUGGUGCAUCGGGGCUGGGAGGGUUGACGUUUGAGCCCUAUACGAUGAGCUAUAUUGCAAAUAUCAAGUUCGAGAACACCCAUACCACUCGAUAUGAAAGCGCGAAUACUCUGGAAGACGACAUGGAAAUGCAAAGAGCGCUUGCCGCAAUCGACGAGAUGAACGCCAAGACGCCUCCCCCGCCUGCCCUUUCCCGGGAAACAUGUCACACGGAAGAGCAUUCAGAAAUUGACGGGCGUGUGGUCAAAUGGGGUGCGGACCAUUUCACGGAAACGGCCGGCGAAUGUUGUGCAGCAUGCACCAAGCACGCGGAUUGCAACGUGUGGGUUUGGUGCGCGGAGCCCAACGGCUGCGGCAGCGGCCGGUUACACAAGGAGUGUUGGCUCAAGAAAAACACGGUCAAAAACAUCAUCGACAGCCGCGGCUACUCGCAUCCAGGCAUUCCCUGGACUGCCGGGGCGCUGUACAAGCCUGAAGAGCAGCUGCGGGUGCUGGAGAGUGAGCAGCUGAGGCUGGAGAAGCUUCGAGAUGAUCCGAAUCUGCCGUUGGUGUACUUGGACAUUCAGAUCAAAGGGAAGUACAUUGGCCGCAUGAAGAUAGUGCUGUUCAAGGACGAGUCACCGCGCGCCGCGGAGAACUUCCGUGCUCUCUGUACGGGGGAGAAGGGUAUUGUGCCACAAGGGCACGAGGGAGCGGGCCGGCCGUAUCACCUCAAAGGCUCCACCUUCUACCGCAUCAUUGACAGGUUCAUCGACCAGACGGGCGCCAACACGGAGUCCAUUUACGGAGGUGCUUUUCGGGACGACCCGGGAGGUUUGGCACUGAAGCACGACCGCAAGGGCCUUCUUUCCAUGGCGAAUGCUGGCCCGGACACCAACACCAGCCACUUCUCCAUCCUCAUGGCACCUGCACCCCACCUGGACGGCCACUACACCAUCUUUGGGGAGGUGGUCGAGGGCUUUGAGAUCGCGGAGCGGAUCAACGCAUUGGCCCGCGGCAAGCCAAACAACACGGCAGGUCCAGAGGAGGAGGUGGUCAUCUCCGGCAGCGGCCAGCUGCGAUGA